UUCGGAACGACGUUGAGGCUGAGUGGAGCUGAGUGGUGGUGGUGGUAGAGUGUGUUUUUAUAUAUCCCUGGCCACGCUCAUCGCACGCUGCAGUUUAGCUCAGACAGUCGACCAACGUAACGGCAAGCGAACUUCAUUAAACAGUGCGAAACAACCAGUAAGAAGUGAAUAUUGCGUCGUUUUGGUAACCAGUUUUAACGUCCCACAGUUAAGCAUCGAAAUCAACGUGCGUGGCACCAAUGCAGUUGAAGUGAUUCUUUCCAAAAAAGCAUAAACAAAAGUGUCACCAAACGAAAAGUGAUGUUAUAAAUGUGAAAGUCUUGAGAUCGAACAGCAAUUGUUUACCAACAAAACGGAGUGCCAAAUGGCCUGUGGUUGCUAGUAGUGAAAGUGUGCUAAUAGUGAAUGCGGGUGAAGGCAACGGAUUUACUGAAGUAACCCAAUCUUAAUAAGCCACCACUAAUAAAGAAGCCAUUCUAUGGCGACACGACAGUGAAGCAUAAUUAAAGCGGAACGAUAGAGGACAAAACCCUCACUAUUGAAGCUCUAUAACCUUAUCCAAAGACAUUGUCCGGUGGAGGUUAAUCAUAUACACGCACUCAGAGACGAUUGCUGGUUAGGAAGAAACCGUACAAAAAACGACCAGCUCGCACCAAAAAAACCAUUUGAAAGGCAACCUUCAGUCGGAUUCGAAGGACCUACCUAGCGCGCGCUCUCUCUUCUUGCUUUGAAUGAACCAUCGUGUGUUGCUGUAAAAAAAAAGCGUCAUCUUAGUAUCCUUGACAACUGCACAACACAACCACAUCGCCGUCACCAUGGAUAUUUACUACAUGAGCGACAGCAUCCAAUACUCGUCGUUCCGCGGUCCGGUUUACCGGGACUACGAGAAGUUCCCGUACGGUACGCUCGAGAAUCCUCUGAACAAUCCCGUCUCCAAGACUAAGCAGCAGCAGCAACAGCGACGACACCACUCGAACACAAGCAGCAGCUCGAGCGCUCAAGCAAAACUUCUCAGCUACAUCGGCAAAUCUUCCUCGGCUGGUAAAUCGUCCAAGGAUGCUUGUCCAUUUUGCAAGGAGCAAAAGAAGCGACCGCUUGGUGCGUACAUGCGAAAGCGUGGCCAGCGCAUCACUACCGAAAGCAUCAGCGAGGACGCGGAAGAGUGCAUCGAUGAGCUGCGGGAGGAGGACGAGGAGGAGGACAUGUGUGCAUCGGCACGAGGCACAACAUUGUCCACCAGUCCGACCGGUAACCAUCAUCAGCACAUUACCGCUCCGGGUGUCGGAUUUAAUCGACAGGAAUCGAUCGAAAGCAAAUGAACCUGGUGAAAGCAAUCGAACGAUCGUAUGGAGAGGAUGUGAAGAAAGGAAUCAUUUAUUUAACGAGUGGCGUUUGCUGAUCAUUAGAUAUUACGAUAGAUGUUAAGUUAUUUCAUAUCGUUAUUCAUACGAUAGCGUAUUGUUUGGGAAUCGAAAGAGGUUUACUAAAACUAUUUCUAGCUUAAGUUUGGCAGAAAUAGGCUUCAACGCAUAAGUUUUAAAUGAGUAGAUCAUGUGUGGCAACUCAUAAUACGGCAUUGAGAGAAACGUUAAAAACGUUUGCUGGUGUGCAAAAACGAUAAUCAGUAGCGUAAAUUCAUUACCUUUUUUCACGAUCUGACUUUUUCAUAAGCCAGGCGGGCAGCAAAUAGAAGAAAACUCCCAGAAAGAGACAAACGUACCACUGUUAUUGUUGAUGCGAAAAGACUGAUCUAUAUUAAUAACUAUACACACCAGUUCACCUUCGAGAAUGGUUGGUGGAGAAGAUAUGAAAAUCAACGAUCUAUUUGCAACGUUUGUAUUUGCAGUAGAUACAUACCAGAGCACACGAAAAACAUUUUAAAUAAUAGCGAAAGGAGCGUGUUAGCAAAAUGUAUAGCGUUGAUUAACAGAAUGGAAUAUUGCAUUUCUCCAAUGGUGUAUAGUGUGGGAAUGGCUGAGUUUAUGCUUCCCUCCUACACGACUCACAGUGACAGAGAUCGUUCAAUUUUAUCAACACAUCCUAACUCAUUCGAUAUGCAUUUUAGCAUGUUGAAAUGGAGAACCUUUUUGCAGGGUACGUGCGUGUGUGCAAAGCGAUAUUUUUGCACAACCGAUCAAUGAUCGUGUGCUGGAGUGAUCUGCGUGAACGAAAGGGACACAAUUCUGCUUUCUGAGAGAGAAUCGCAAUGGAUGAAGAUUUGUUUCUGCACAACAGAUAACCAUUAUUUGCAUUACAGGUCUUGUGUCCUAAACGAAUUACCUAAACAUUGAUAAAGAAAACAUAACGAAAAAGAAACAUUUGUAAAUCCGAUCUAUUUACAAUCAGAUUUUAGUAUUUAACCGUAAGGUAAGAGGUUUGCUGUUUAGAAUCGUGUUACAUAUAUUUAGAGCUUUUUGUGAAUGUUUUAAUGAAGAAAAAUAAAUAUUAACCUUUACAAUAUUACACAGAAA